GUGUUCCCCGAAAGCCAUACUCGAUCAGGAAUUGACAUCUCCACCAACGACAUGGCUAUGACAUCAAAAGUAUCCGAACGAAAUCAGGUUUACUAUGAUGCUGUGAGCUCCGGAGACCUGGUAACUGUCCAAGCGCUUAUAUCGCAAGGCGUUGAUCUGGAUUGGCCGGGAGGUUAUCGUAAAAAUCGACCUUUACACCAAUCAGCGUGUUUAGGCUACCUUGAAAUAGUAAAGUGCCUGGUGGACGCUGGAGCCACAGUUGACUGUGUGGACGAUGAGGGGUUCACACCUUUGAUCUGGGCGUCUGUAAUGUUUGAACACGACAUCGCAGCUUUUUUAAUUUCAAAAGGAGCCAGCAUAUCCUGGAUUCCUGAUGAUGGAAUGAGUGCUAUUAUGAACGCAGCCAGUUCCGAAGGCGGGCAGACUUCGCACAUGCUGAUGCUGGCGGAUUUGGGUUGGGAUAUUGGCGACCCUGGCGUCACUAACGGCUGGACGAUGUUGCACAGGGCAGUCCGGGAUGACCUACAUCAUGACAAUGAAGUGCGUAUGUUAGUCAAAAAAGGUGACGGAGAUGUUAUCCAUAAGCUGGCUGCAGCAUCUGGUGGAAUUAAUGUCAAAGAUCGACUUGGAUUAACUCCAUU